GAGAGAGAGAGAGAGAGAGAGAGAGAGAGAAUAGGCAGAAAUGCUAAGCACCCAGCUGUGAUACCGGUAAUAAUUUAAAGAUGUUUUACUCUCUCGUUAUUGUAUGCUUAUGUCCCGUGUCACACUAACGAUUGGCAAAUACAAUCAAAUCAAAUUUGGCUCGAACCAAAUUUUGUGACUAGCUCAAUAGAUUGUAUAAUGUCCAUAUUAUACUAAUGAUUGACAACUGUCUGCGUUCUUGCAAUUGUCUUUUGACCGAUCCAACAGCCAACUCCUUUGUGAUUGGUCAAGAGAAUCUUAUACGCACAUGCGAAUGUAGUCGCCAAUCAUUAGUAUGAUACAGGCAUUAUACAAUCUAUUAAGGUGGUCACAAAAUUUGGUUCAGUGUUUUUUUUUAGUCAAACUUGAUUACAUUCAAUAGAAACAAAUUAUUCAUAAAUCGCUAUCGUUCUGGCAAUAGUAGUUAUAAAAGGUGACUCGUUGUUGCUUUUCCACUAACGUAAUAUAUUCGUAUCUAUAGAACAAAAUGUAUUUAUAUAUGUAACAGAGCAAGGGAUAUAUUUAGCAAAUUUAUACAUAUUAGAGUGCACUAUUUAAAUAAUAUCUCAUCCGAAUGGGAAUUUGGUAUUUCCCACUGAUAUUAAUAUCUUUUCCACAGACACCUUAUUUGCCAAAAUUUCUCAGCGACUUUCUCGUCAGCCCGAAUACUUUGAUGUUAUAUCGCAAAAAGUGGAGAUAACGUUUCCCGUUUUAAGUUGCGUUUUAACAACACUUGCCGUACACACAGGACACAAAACAAAGCGGCUGAAUCAAGCUAGCUUAUGCGGCGGUGUGGCUUGUAUCGAAUCAGUCCGCAUACGUAAACGUCUUGUGUUGCUUUUCGAACCGCUUAUGGCAAAAUUCGACGCAGCCAACCGUCAUUGCACGAAGCCUAACGAUAAUUCGACUUGCGCGCGUUCGCGUGCGCAAGUUUUGUUCGCUUAGACGAUUCUCCUUCGGCUUUGUCUCGGUUUUUACUUUUGCCGCCUCUUUUAAGAGGAAGAGAAGGAAAGAGAGAGAGAGAGAGAGCCGCCGUCGCCGCCACCGCGAGAGGAGUUUAAAGGUAAACGGGUUUCUCUCCGCUCGCGCAGACACCGUGUGUACUACAUCACCAGGAGGCUGGACCUCGCUCUCUGCUCUCUCGCCUGGCCCACGUACGAUAUACAGGGUAUCUCAAAAUAAUCACAAGAUAUAUCACGUAUUUCCAAUUGUCUCUCAUUGGUCGAAUUUUGUUCGACUUAAAAAGGUCGAAUGAGUAAAAUCGUGUCACGUAAAUUUUUGCAAGAAAUAAAGGUUGCUCCAUCUUUCUCCUGGAACGCGACACACUUUUGAAGCGAUCAUUGUGAGACACCAUGUAUACAGCCCGGCACAAAUCGCUUCGCGCGUAUCGAGGCAACCGUGCCUGGUCGCUUUUGGUGUAUGUAUAUCUACCUCAAAAUUUUUCACGACCGCGAUAAAGGGAGUCGAAUAGGGAUAUCGGUGCGCGAGUAAUAAAAUGGUAUCACGAGGGAAAAAGAAAAGGAGUUGAAGGAAUAUGAUGGGAGGAUGGCGAAGAGGUUUGCUCUUAACAUCAAGUCAAAAUAUAUUGUUAUUGCUGGUCACACACGAUACCAACAUUUCUCGAGAAGCAAAAUUUUUAUAUAUUUUAUAUUUUCUUCUAACACGCUUUGAGAGGAAUAUUUAGAGUUAUCUGUUUAUAUAUUUAUGUGUGUGCUUUGCUUUGUUAAUCGUAUAGCCUGUGCAAAAUAAAUGAAACUACUAGAGUGACAAGCGUUCUUACGGUAUUUUCUCGAAAAGUCGGACCAUGUCGCUUCCUGUGUUUGUAACUAUGCUUGCGGCCGUGACUAACUAUUUAUUCUGUGUACACGUAUACGCCAUAUUACAAAUUAAAACUGCAUUGUAAAUAUAUUAAGAAUUAUGACUUAAAUAACUGUUAAAGGAUUUACGUUUUUGAAUCAUUAGAAUUAAUUCCAGUUUAUAUUUCUUUGAUAAAGAAGUGGCGCAAACGAAUUUAACAUUUUCGAAUUUAAAUACAAUUAAUAUGUUGCGAAAGUCAGUGGCGCUCAAAUCGUAUGCUGACUAAUCGUAUGCCAGAUUAGAAAAAGAUUAACGCUAAAUGAUAACAGAUUUGUCCCAUUGAUCACAUGACCGGGUGUGGCGUAUACGUGGCGUAUAUGCAAAUCGUAUACACAAAUAACGGACAUUAUAUUAUGAGAAACGUGAAAAACGUCGAUCGUUUCUCCAACUUGCGUCAAGUUUUCCGUUUUUUCUUUUUUUCACGAUAACGAGAUUAUUGAAUCGUGAAUAUUUAGCGUGCGUCGAGAGGAACUGAUCUGAUGAGCGAAAUCGAUUCUGGCUUGUGAGCACGUCCGAGUGCACAAAAGUAUGAAGUUUUUCUACUUUGCCCGGUCAAAAUUAAUACGAUAUCAAAGGGAUACCUAUAAAAGAGAAAGAAAAAUUUGUAGAUUGUUUAUCCUCGUUUUGCAAUCAUACGUGUGUCAUAUUUGCUUAAAGAUGCUUAAAGGUGCUUAUCGUAGAAUAGACCGCCUCUUUAAAGACCAGACAAAGUCUCUUUCUCUUCUUUUCUCUUCGAUAGUCGAUUCGUUUUAUCGUGUUUUCAACGUCGACUGAGUUAGCACGGAGAAAGGCCCGGCCUAAAAAUAUACAACGAACUUACGGUUAUCGUCGGUCUGGCUUUUCCUUGAACAUGGACCCGGGGCCCGCACGAAAGCGAAGGGAGAGAGAGAGAGAGAGAGAGAGAGAGAGAGAGAGAGAGAGGGGAGAGGACUGGCCGAAAGCAACGGGGUCUGGAUAUUCCGGUUCACUUAAUCGUUUCAUCGGACAUCAGAUCAACGGGGUGGUACGGCGCGGCGACGCGGUGGUUUUUACCGAGGAAAAAGGCCCAAAAAGCAAAACGGAGAAGCUUGUGAGAGCAGCUCGCUGCUGCCGGAUACAGAAUCGAGUAAUGCAAACGGAACUCUGCAACCGCACAUGACUUCCGUUAAAAUUAUCCGUCAUGGGUUGGCAUUGUUCUAGCUAAAUUGAACGGUACACAAGUAACCGUUCCAUUAUCACUGCGUCGAAUAAAAAAAUAAGGACGGAUUCUUCCAACAAUUUGGAAGUCUCAAUUCUCGCUUAACGAGAACGCUGUCAAUGGGCUUUUGUGUGAACGAUCGAGAACGAAUGACUUCUUGGAAAUUGAGUUUCAAGACUGAAAAUGUAUCAACUGUGAUGAAACCAUCAAAAACAGGAUUUCGCUCGCUUACUCGCUCAUGCGCUCGCAUAUGGUUGGACAAGUUAUUUUCUUUAAUUUUCGAAGAUUUGCUUUGUGCAAGUCUCUAUCGAACACAAUACAAAGAAUUAAUUAUCAUUUUAUAGAGUGUUACUGUUUUUGAGGGAUGUAAAGAUUGUUCAUCGCGUCAUCGCGCGUCGAUUGGUAGCACGCGAGUACAACUUAAAUAAAUACUUCUUGUAGUACACGAAAGUUCGAGCGGCGUUAAUUGGUAGAAUCUUUCUUGCGCGAAUCUACCGUUGCGGACGCAGUAAUUUUCGUUCCAUCGUCUGGCGCAACCUUCGAAGGUUACGUUUUAAUAACGAUUAUUUACGUUGUAUGAAUGUAGUGGCACGAGACUCGUGACACGACAUUCUGCUCCGGACUACGCAAAACUGAAUGUUCAAUCGCGGCUUCUUAAUUAUCUUCCGCCAUGUCUCCUAGCUCACGUAUGCCCGAUAAAAGGUGUUCUUCGGAGAGAUUUCCAUCUCGUUUGGGAAAAUUGUGUCUGAUGCACGCGAACAGUUCUUUGAUUCGUACGAAUGUUCUUAUCCCACUGUGGUUCUUAUAGAUUGAAAAUUAUUCUCAUUAGUUUUAUCUUGUAGAUACCAGCUCAAACCGUACAAAGUUUUAAAACUUUAAUUUUAACAGCUUGUAUGUAUGAUUUUGAAUUAGCGACAUUUCAACGAUUUUGCGUAUAAAACGUAUAUAAAUACGAUUUUCCAGAUCUAAGUAUUACGGGAAAUCACGCGGUAUUUUCCCGGUCGCUUAUUCAUUCAUCUUACCCCUCAAUCGUAUGUUGCAACAACACUGUCGUCUUUCACUCGCACCGCGCGCGAGUAUCACAUUACUCACAUCUUCCGUUUUUCAUUGCGCGAUAUUCUACUCCUUUAGCCUGCUUUAGCCCGUAAUUAACAAUUAACAUUUAUGUUGUUGAAAUAAAGUAAUAAACAUUUAUUCGACAUCUUGCGAAUUUUCUUCUUCCAAGUAGAAGAGAUCGCCGGGUCUAAUUGGCUCAUGUUGGCCAUUGUGUGCUUUGCUUAUGUAUUUAUAGGUGAGAGGAACAGUGUGAUGUGUCAUUACUUAAAAUGAAGUAGCCUGCAAGUGUGUGUGUGUGUGUGUGGUGUGUGUGUGUGUGUGUGUGAUACACUGUUCGAUGGGCAUCAUGGACAACAGGUCUUAAAGGAUAACAACCUUUGACUUUGAGAGACUGACCACCUGAGAUUGCCCCGGGGUUGGUACAUCCUCCGGGCCGGCCGGCAAGGAAGUUUCCUAUCACGGAAACGUGGGUGGAUCCAGCGUGGGAUAUAAGCCGCCCCAGCACGGCAGCCCGCAGACGAGGGGCCCGCCGCCGCCGCCGCACUUCCCUCAGGAGCCGGUAGUAGGCCCGCAGGCCAAUUCUCCGCCGUUGCACAUCAAUAUCUGCGGACAGGAAAACACGAUGCGUGGCCCAAUAUUAAACAUGAGUCCCGGCCUUGGAGCUAGUGGAGUAGACAUAGAAUACCGUAGAAAUUCUCAAGCCACAAAUCAGCUACCUCUGAGUCCCGUGCAAAUUCAACCGUCGCCACCAUAUUACAGACAGCCUAGUCAGGACGAUGGUAGAAAAAGCGAAUCGCCAUCCAGAAAGCGUCGUCGGAUAUCCCGUAAUGGCGCUGUGUCUGGGAUAGAAGUCCGGGAAACAACGCCGCCUGCUCCGACGCCACCUCUGCAUACAACUCCGUCGCCUUGGGAAUAUUCGGGCGCGCCUCAACGGCGUUCACCCCGCAAUCACAUGUCAACCCGCGGCAGUCCGACAAUCAGGAACCGUUAUCAACGAUACACGGACUCGUUCGGGCUUUCCUAUCCGUUCCUACCAGGCCAUAAUCCCCAUCAGACGAUCCAUAACUCUCAUCAUGGUCUGCACAGUUCUCAUCACAACAUUCAUAGCUCUCACCAUAGCCUGCACAAUUCGCACCACAAUAUCCAUAGCGCGCAUCAGACGCAUCCCCAUCAUCCACCCGGUACGGGACACCAUCAUGCGCAAGGUGCGAACGCUCCUGUGGUCGUUGACGUGGGCCAAGUUGGAGUGUCUGGUUUGGGAGUCGCCGUUAGCGGGGAACCUCUGUGGCAUCCGCCAGCGACUGGAUACAGAAUUCCGUGUCAACUUCACAGCAUCUAUACGCCUCACGGGACGCAUCCGUUCGGGCAUUCGUGUCAGGUCACGCAUCACCACAGUCAUUAUUCCGCUGCUCAUCCGACACAUCCGGGUCAUCCAGGUGUGGUUAGCUCUUUACUCGGCGCUGCUUCUAGAGGAUAUCCAACACCAACCGGUGGUCCCGUAGCAGCGCUGCAUCACACGCACGCACCUGCACCGCCCGUCCAUACUACCGACUACACCGCGCAUCAUCAACUGUCUCAGCAGAGAGAGGUUGAGCUAGAAUUAAUGGAUUCCCACCAUCAUCAUAGAGUGGGUGCCGCUGCUGGUGCACCAUUGCCAUUACCACAUUCGUACUCCCCGCCAACCAUCACGCAGGUUACGACGCCGCCGCCUUUAUUCCUGUCGGAGACACGAAACAGUCAAUUAGAGAUCAUUCAAAGCAGGACUCGACGAGUAGCGUCCAAUGUACAUACGCUACGACGGCCGAGAUACAGCAGAUGGAGAGGCACGACUCCAUUACCGCCUAUGACGUAUCCAGGAUAUUUACUGCACUUCCUUGCAAUGUUUAGCAAUCCACCACUGUCACCAUACAGUCAAGCCGAACUAUCCUCGCCCGACUCGGCGACGGAGAACUACGAGGCACUGUUGUCCUUGGCCGAAAGACUGGGCGAGGCCAAACCACGGGGACUGACUCGCGCGGAGGUUGAACAGUUGCCCUCUUACAAGUUCAAUGCAGAAACGCAUCAGGGCGAUCAGACAAAUUGUGUCGUAUGUAUGUGCGACUUCGAGGCCCUUCAAUCGCUACGUGUUCUACCAUGCUCUCACGAAUUUCACUCCAAAUGCAUCGACAAGUGGCUCAAGUCUAAUCGAACGUGUCCGAUAUGUCGCGGUGACGCCGGCGAAUAUUUCGGAAAUAGCAGCGGCAGUACUGACUGACGUCAAGCUGGCGACGUACACUAGCGCGAAACUUGGCGGGCAUCGAGAGCGUUCUUUCGUACGGAGAUUAUCCCGGUCGCUGUUCUGCUGUUUUGUGCAAAUUUGUGCCGUUGAGCGUUUGUCCCAUUUUAUUGGCUGAGAAACGCGAGAGACACAUGGUCGUUCGUCAACGAUUCAACAUCUUUCGAGCGCCGAAAUUAGGAAUAAUGACGCCGAAACUAGGGACACAAAUGCUGAAGGCGAUUUCAGCGCACGAUCUCUCGUUGAUAUCGAAGGUAACGUUUCGUGUGUAAGUGGAAGACUUCUGUACGAUCGAAAAGAAGCGUUUUUCCGAUUGCGCUUGAUAGCAACGGAACAAGUAAUGCGAGAUGCAAUAAAGCAAUUUAGCAAAACGACGAAAUAAAAAUCCAAGAGACGUUAGGUUAGGUUCAACGUUCCGUUAGCUUACGGCGCAUUUUCUAUCAAAGAGAAAAAGAAAAGCGCGCGGACUCGCGCAUUAUUUCCUUUUUGUUUCCUUUUUGUAAACGCUUCAAUUAAUAUUUUAACUUCAUUAUUUACGUCGCUACCCUGUAUUAUUGAAUUAAUGUACAUAAUUAUUGUAUACACAGAUGCACACAAUGCAACUUUUCAUAAACGUUCCGCUUUUCUUUUUCAUCUGUCUUUUAUUAGUCUACCUUUUGAUUCUCUAAUUGUAUAUAUUCGCACGUGAAACACACACACGUGUGUGUGUGUGUGUGUGUGUGUGUGUGUUCGUGCGUGCGUGCGUGUGUGUAUGUAUGUAUGUAUGUAUGCGUGCGUGUGCGUACGCGCGUGCGCGCGCGUUGUGUGUGUGCGUGUGUGUGUACACACACACAUGUGCGCGAUAAAGCCGAGUUGGUCUUGUUUGGACUUAAUCAAAUGUAGGAUACAAAUUCUUUUGCAAUAAGAAAGGGACAAUGUCCAUCGUCAGCUAAAAGGGAAAAGAAAAAAAUUGUAAAACUUCCUACUGUUACAGGCUCUUGUGUCUUUGUGUAGGUCAGCUAAUUAUUUUAUUAUAUUGUAGAGAUGUAAUGUAUAUGUAUUAUGUAAGUAUAUAAUUAAAAUUACUUGGCACCUUAAGUGCGCGCCGUAGGUAGAAAUUGUUGGAUUAUUGCACCAGAUAACUAUUUUAUAAAACAUAUAUAUGGAUUCAUGUUUAAUCCGAAAUUUGUUUCUCUCUUGCGGGAAUCGCUAAUUACGAUUAUCUUUUACUCUUGAGUGCCCUCUGUAACGUGCCAGAACGAUGUGAUUGUGUUGUACACUUUGUAAUAUCUAAUCUCAAACGACACACUUACUUGGACCCCCGCACGAGUAUAGAUAAAAAUUGCUUUUAACCGCGAGAGAGAUGAUUUGGAGGAAAAAGGACAGGCACAUGUGUUAGCCGAGUACACAAAGAAAAAAAAAAAAGAAAAAAGAAAACGAAAAAAAGAAAAGAAUGUAAGAAUAUCGCUUCUGUUUCCUGCGUAUCUACCUCUGAUAGAAGAAACAAGACGAUUCAUAUUUUUUUAUAAUACACAUCUCAUAAACAAUAAACAUACCUAUGAUAAGUAAAAGCAGGAGCAACUGGGUAGAAAACGAGAUUUAGGCGUUCCGAAACAUUCAAUACUAAUAAAAGUAACAGUUAAGGUUUUCAAGAAAAACUAGCGCUCUGAUUUGAAACGCUAUACGGAUGUAAAUUGAGUUGAGUUUUAUUUAGAAUUGAAAAAAUAUGUUUUAGAAAUAAUGUAUUUCCGUAGAAACAGUUAUAACGUGAAUCAUAUUUGGCGCGGAAAUGUGCAUGCUUUCAGUUAUAAUUGUCCAAUGCUCUUCUAUAUUUACACGUUUCUAUUUGGUGAACGAGAGAAUCGAGAAAAUUUGUUUAUACUCUUGUUACUUUUAAGAUAUUUCAUCUAUAUUGUAAAUUAAGAAAGAUAUGUUAUUGGUAAAGUAUGAAUUGUUGAAAGUAGUGUUUUGUGUUCCCAAAUUAAUAAAAUUGAGGGUUGUAUACAUAUA